CGCCCACUGCUGGCGUUAUGAGCUGUGGAGCUUCAAGAUGGCGCAGGCAAUAUUUGAGGUUCUGGAAGGCAUGGACAAUCAGACGGUCCUCAAUGUCCAGUCAUUGUUAGACGGUCAAGCAGGUGUUCUGGACCCCAACGCACAGAAUGUCUCAGGAACGACCAUCCAAGCAAUGGAUGAUGAUGACGUGUUUCUCUGUGGGAAAUGUAAGAAGCAGUUUAACUCAUUACCCGCGUUCAUGACCCACAAGCGAGAGCAGUGUCAAUCCAACACCCCAUCACUGGCCACCGUCUCUCUGGCCUCCAACAAUGCCUACACCUCUGUACCGUCCAUCAGCACGGGUCCACAGCUGCCCCCUAAUAGACAGGUCUCUACGUACAUAACCGUGCCGCAGUCUCCUCUCACACACACAUUGGUGCAGGGUAACGUGUUGGUCAGUGAUGAGGUGUUGAUGUCGGCUAUCUCAGCAUUCGGCUCUCUGGAUCAGCCAAUGGCCGCCAUGCAUGGAUCCGUACAGAGUAAUCUCAGUAUGCAUGCGGGAACCUCAUACCUGCAGCACCAUCAGCAGCCUCCACAGCCCCUCCCACACAACCAGACCGUGCCCCUUUCCUCACAGGUGCCCUCCAGUAACAGUAAUUCAAUAGUGCAGGUGUACAGCACACUGCCCUCUAUGGUUGGAGGUGGUACUGCAGAGGUGCCUACACUGGGUCUGCAGUCAUUUCAGUCCGUUCAGGUGCCCAGUCAGUGUGUGGAGAGUCAGGUGUUCGGUACGACUUCAGUGUACAGCCCUGGAAAACAGACCACCAAAAACAAACCCUGCACCAUCAGCACAAACCUCUCUGAGCUCGGAGAAUACGACAAGGUCAUCAUCCCCAAGAGAACCAGAACCUCCAAGAAAACACAGGAUGCAGGUCAAACAAAAGGAAAAGCUCAGAAACUGAAAUGCAAUUACUGUAGCAAAGUAUUUACCAAGAAUUUUGACCUUCAGCAACAUAUUCGCAGUCACACGGGUGAGAAACCCUUCCAGUGUAUUGUUUGUGGCCGAGCCUUCGCUCAGAAGUCCAAUGUGAAGAAACACAUGCAGACACACAAAGUCUGGCCCACUGGAGUCCACAGCAGUGCCUCCAGGAUGCCCAUCACAGUACGAGUACUUCCAAUGAACAACGACGAGAACUCGCAGCAGACAGAGCAAGAGACACAGGAACAAGCUGUAGAGGAGAGAGACGGUGAGACGCAGGUGGAGACACAGAGCUCGGUGGAGGCCAAACAGACUGGAAACCAGAACAAACAGAUCAUCCUGAUCGACAGCUCAUAUCAGUGUCAGUUCUGCUCGACCAAAUUUAGCACCUACUUCCAGCUGAAGUCUCACAUGACCCAGCACAAGAGCGAACAGGUGUACCGCUGUGUAGUGAAGAGCUGCUCUCAGACCUUUCAGAAGCUGGAUCAGUUUCUCGAGCAUAUUCACACACACCAGGAGCAGCUGACGUACCGCUGUCACCAGUGCAGUAAAGUGUUUCCUUCACUCUUUGACCUGGGACUACACCAGUACUCACACAGCUUCUGUCCUCAACAGAACCAGCGCAGAGACACCAACUACUACGGAUGUAUGAAGUGUCAGAGUAAAUAUUCCACACAGGAAGCUCUUGAACAGCAUCUGCUGAACGCGAUACAUAACUACCCCUGCCCUCAUUGCCAGAAGGUCUUUCCCUGUGAGCGUUAUUUACGCAGACAUCUCCUGACGCAUGGUGUCGGGGGAAAAUUUAAAUGUCAGAUUUGUAAAAAGUUCUUCAAAACUGAACACUACCUCAAACUACACACACAGAUCCACUCAGGAGAGAAGCCGUAUAAAUGUUCCGUGUGUGAGGCCACCUUCAACAGGAAAGACAAAGUGAAGAGACACAUGCUGAUUCACGAGCCCUUCAAGAAAUAUAAAUGCCCCUUCAAAACUCACGUGGGCUGCACCAAAGAGUUCAACCGGCCGGACAAACUGAAAGCUCAUAUUCUCUCUCAUUCAGGUAUUAAACCGUAUAAGUGUCAGUUCUGUCAGAAGUUGUUCAGUCGUCGCGCACACAUGCUGGAGCAUCAGCGCUCGCACACAGAUAACUAUCGCUUCCGCUGCGCCGCCUGUAACAAGGGCUUCACCCGCCACAAUUACUACAGAGAACACAAGUGCCCGCUGGCAGGGGCUCCAACAGGGGACGUGGAGGGGUCCCAAGGGUCGCAAGGACAGGGGAACAACAGCGAGGGUACAGGGGAUGGAUCACCUGCCAUAGAACCAGAUGAACAUGGAGAAACUGCAGAUGAGGAUGAGGAUGGGGAGACGCAGCAGGAUGAAAUUACAGGAAUGAAUGGAGAAGAGAAGCAAAUGGGAGGAGAGGAGGAGGAAGAAGGGAGGGCUGAUGGUUUAGAGGGCGGGGCAGGGCUGGAUCACAUGCAGGAAGGAGGCGGAGCUAUCAGGCUGCUGUCUGAACCCAUGUGCUUUCAAACAGUUGACUGAUGGAGAACACUGAAAGACAAAUAUUCAAGCUGAAGUGUGUAAUUUCUGCACCACCGAACAGAAUUGCAAAAAUAAGGAUUUCUAUUGUUCGGCAAACAGGUAGUUCCACCCCCAAAAUUACGCUGUUGGUUAAGCCAAUGUGUUGGGCUGCUCAUACAAACAAAUUGCAAUUCCAUUUGGUUCCACUAGAGGUGAGAAUAUUACACACUGCUGUUUUAAAUUUAGACCUCUGAAUACAUUGAAAAUUGAUCUGCUGGUACAAAGAUAUUUAAUAUAAAUUAAGAUAUUGGAAUGGGUGACGUGGUCUGACAGUAAAUUUUCCCAUGCGGAAGACCUGCACUCAAACUUGAGUUUUUUUGUGUAAUCUUGUUUACAAAUCUUCAGUGGGCAGAGCUUCACAAACCUUAGAUGGCUUUAGGGACCUUCGAAGUCAGUGAUGUUUUCUAUUAUAGAAAUUCAGGGUUGAAAUUAGUGGUCGACCAAUGUGGGUUUUUCAGUGGCCGAUGUGAUACGAUAUCUAAAGAGCAGAAUGGCCAAUAUACAGUUGAAGUCAGAAGUUUACAUACACUUAGUUUGAAAUCAUUAAAACUCAUUUUUUAACCACUCCACAGAUUUCAUAUUAGCAAACUAUAGUUUUGGCAAGUCGUUUAGGACAUCUACUUUGUGCAUGACAUGAGUAAUUUUUCCACCAAUUGUUUA